AUGCAAACCAUAGGAAAAUUAAUCUACGAGUAAUUGAAAAAAACAUAUGGUAAUUCUAAAAGUAGUCAAAACAAGAUGAAAUAUCAGUAUUAAGUAUUUUUUUGGAUUUGAGUAGAAUAGAUAGAAACUGAUUGUGGAGAAGUUGUGAAUAUAAAAGGAAUGAAAUAGAGUGAAUUAAUAAAUAAGAUCAACACAGGAUAUUUUGAUUUAAAGAAUUUGCUCUUCUAUUUAUUUUUCAAGUAAUUUGAAAGGAUAGGAGUGUUAAUUUAUUAUGUUGUAAUGAUUGUACAUUUUUGCACUUUAAAAAUAAAGUAAUAAUUAAGUAAUAUUUUAGUUAAGAGGAUUUAGUGGUUUAUAUAUUGCCAUUAUCAAUGCAUUAUGUUUUAUAAAUAACAAAGGCAUUUUAUUUUGAUUAUAGAAAAAUGGAAUACGAUAAGAAAACAAAUCAUAGAGAGGUUACAAGAUACCGGAGAUUAAAGAAAGAAAUUAAUCAAGGGAGUAAGUAAUAAAUAAAUGUUUAACAAAAUGAAAAUUUACCUAUAUCGAAAGAACCAUAAAUUGUAAUAUAAAAAAAUGAAAUGUAAAAAAAACCUCAUUCAGUUUAGUCAGGUAGGAAAAAAGAAAGGCUAUUGCUUUAUGAAAAUAUUCAAUGGUAGCAGUUGGAAGUUGGUGAUUUAAUUUAUUUAAAAAGAAAUGAGGUUUGUCCUGCAGAUAUUUUAAUUAUUGAUGUAUCUGAUGAUAUAGUUGGAAUUUCAACAUAAUAAUUAGAUGGUUCAACUUUAGAAGAUGUAAGAUAACCAACAUAAUUAACAAUGCUAAAAAACGGUAAAUAUAAAGCUUAAGGUUUUGAUUACAAAAAGAUAAUGACUGGUUAAAUUCAAUUUGAUAAAGAUUUAAAUAGGAAUAUUUUUGGUUAUAUAAAAUUAAAAAAGGACCCUAAGGGAGAAAAUUUUAAUAGACAAAAUAUAAUUAAAAGAGAAGAACAAUUGAAAACAUGUUAAUACUUGAUUGGAUUAGUAUUGUUUGUAGGAUAAAAAUGUUUAUGUUAUGAUAAUUUGAAAAUGGUAGAAAAAAAGUCUUUUUUUGUUUAAAAAUCCAGAAUGUUUUUUGCAUUAACUUUGAUUAUUAGCAUAAUACUAACAUUUAUUAGUUGGUUGAUUGCAUCAUUUCAAGUUUGUAGAAAUGAAUAUUAAGAAGCAAUGUUUGAUAGUAUUACAUUAAUUUUUUAUAUGAUUCAGUAUUUGAAGACAACUCCAAUUUAUUUUUAUAAUUGUAUAGAUUUAAUUGAAAUGGGAUAUGCUCAUUUUAAAUAUAGAAAAUCUAAAUUAAAUAGAUAAUUUGAUACUAAAAUAAGGGUAGCCAAUAAUGGAAGUAAUAAUUAAAAUAUAUAACAAUAAUCCAUAAUUUAUUAAUAAUUGAAUUCUGUUUCAAUAGGUGAUUUAGUAAUGACAGAAUAUGUAUGUUUUGAUAAGACAGGUACAUUAACAACUGGAGAAUUUAGAGUUAGAUCAAUUAUAAUAGAAGACAUGAUGUAUAAAUUCGGUUAAAAAAAGGUACAAAAUGGAUGGUAGUUAUAUAAAGAUAAUUUAAAAUAAUAAUUAAAAUAAAAUCCAAAUUUUAGAAUUAUUGAACAAGAAGAAUAUUCUGAUGAAUAUAUUGGUAUUGAUUAACGAAUGAAAAUUAGAAAAAAUAGUUGUAAAAAUACUAUAUAACUUACAAAAUCAAUUAGUAAAUCAUAAAAUCUUAAACAAAGAUCAACAUUUUUACAUUAAACAUUACUUAAAGAUGAAGAUACAUAAUAAAACAACAAUUUUAAAUUUAAUAGUAAUAAUAAGACUUAAGCUUUUCAAUCUAUAUAACAAUCCGGAAUGUUAAGUAAAUCUGAAUUAGAUAGUGCAAAUUUUAAGAAUUCUGAUGGUAAUAUUUCUGAUUUAAUUGGACAUAAUAUUGUGGAAAAUUUAAAGCCAGAAGAUUUAGAUGAUACUCAUUGUAAAAUUACAUAGGAAAUGAAGGGGAAUAAGCCUAAACCAUUUUUUAAUAAAUCAAUAGCAAUAAAUUAAUCACUUUCAAUUUAAUAGUCUCCAUGUUAAAGUCAAUUUGAAGAAAUUUAAUUAAUUCCUAUUGAAGAUAAAUUAUCUAUGAAUAGUGACAGAUAAAAAAAAGGAUAAAGUGAAAGUGAGGCAAUAAAAAAAGAAGAACCAAGAUAAAUAAAAAUGUAAUCUUCUGUUGUUCACAAGAAUAAUAAGUUUUCAACUUAAUUUUUUCAGUUUGAAGAAGAAUAAGCUGAAAUUGCUUUUCUUAAGGAUUAAGAAUUUUAUUAAAAAUUAAUUAUAGGAUAAGCUUAAAUUUAUUAUUAGGAAGCAGUACUAUCUUUAUUAUUAUGUUAAGAAAUAAUAUCUAAAUUUAUGCAAUAUGAUGAUCAAUUUAUACAUAAUUCAACUUAACAUAUUUUUGAUUAAGAAUUAAUGAGAUUUGCUAAUAAUUUCGAUAUCAAAUUUAUUUGUACAAAUGAAUAAAGUGGUAGAAUAACUUAUAUAAUAGAAAUUUUUGGAGAAAUUCAUGAAUUUUAGGUUUUGGCAAUAAAUUAAUAUUCACAACUACAUCCAAGAUUAGGUGUAUUGAUUUAAUAUCCAGAUAAAUUGGCUGAAUAAUUUUAAUUUUCUAAUGAUAAUGAAUAAGAAGAUGAGCUAAUUAAUUCAGUUUUGAUUGUAAGAGAAGAAUUUAAUCAAAUUCCAUCUUAUAUUGAUAUAGAUAAAAGCAGUAGAGAAUAUUGGGAUAAAGUAUUUGUAAAAUUACAUAUGGCUGGAAUGAGAACAGUUGUUUAUUCUAAAAUUUAUUUAAGAGAGAAUGAAAAAACAGAUUUCCUUGAUAGAUAUUAAGAUAUCAAAUUUUCUCAAGAUUAAAAUGAAUUGAUUUAAUUAUUUAAUAACAUGGAGAAAGAUAUGUAAAUAAUGCAUGUUUUAGGUAUUAAAGAAAAGAUUAGACCAGAUGUUAAACCUUUGAUUUAAUAAAUGAAAUAAGCAGAUUUAAGUUUAUUUUUACUAUCAGGUGAUGAGCUAAAUAGAGUUUUACCUGUUGCAUAUAAAUCUAAAAUAUUAUCAACUACAGACUAAUUAAUAUACAUAGAUUCCGAUAAUGCUAAAUUAGUAAUCAAAAAUUAAUUAGCUUAAAUGGCUAAAUAAUUUUAAAACAAUGAUUCUAAUAAUAUAAAUUCUAAUGUUAAUCCUAUGUAAUAAUCUAAAGCUUUAAGACUUAAUUCUUUAUCUGAUAAUAAAUAACUUUAUAAGAGUGUUGAUUUAAAUUAAAAUUUAGAAAUUAAAUAACUAGGUAAGAGUCAACAAAUUCAAUCUUAACUUUUCGCAGAAAUCAAAGCUUACUCAAUAAUCUUAAGUGGAGAAUAAUUUAAAAUAAUAUCAGAAGAUAGUGUAUUACUUGGUCAUUUAAUAUUUCUCCUUUAUUUUUGUAAUUCACUGAUUGCUUACAAAUUUAAUGCAUUUGAUAAAGCAGAAAUCAUAAAAAUAAUUCAAACUUAAUUUCAAGGUAAUAAAAAAGUUUUAGCAAUUGGGGAUUCAUUUAAUGAUAUUCAAAUGUUUAGAUAGGCUAAUAUGGGUAUUCAAUUAUUUCACAUACCAACAAGUUAUUUAAAUUAUAAAUUAAGUACUAAACUUAAAGUUAAUUAGAGAUUAUCUAUGAAUAAGAUUUUGGAAAAUCCUCUUAAGAAAUUUAAUUGUAUAAAGGAUGUAUAAAAAAUGCCUACUUCAGAUAUUUGUAUAAGCAGUUUUGAAGAUUUAUGUGGAUUGAUUUUUUUUGAGAGUAGAAUUUUAGCUGAAGUUUAUGACGAUUUAUUGGUUUUCUCAUUUUAUAGAUCCUUAUUAAUUUUAUAUUGUUUAUUUUUCAUGUAUUCAACUAAUUGUUCAUAAAAUUAUCAAUUAAUUGAGGGUAGUUGGUUAACUGUUUAUUAAAGUUUGAUGUUAAUUUUACAAUAAGUAGCAAGUUUAGUAUCUAAGCUAAAUUAAAACUAUUAUGCAGAUUCUAAAAUGUAUCAAGAAUAAUUUAAAAUAAAUAUAAAAACUUUUAAAAAGAAAAAAGUAAUAUAAUUUUUAUUUAAAAUUAAUGGAAAUGCUUUGCUUGAUGCACUAUUACUAUGGUUAGCCUGUUCUAUUUUAGAUUAUAAUAAAACUUAGAUUGUAAUAAUAAGAUAAAUGUUAUUAUUAUUAUUGAUAGGAAGUGAUAUUGUAAAAUUAUGUGUUUCAACAGUUUAAAAGAUGACUGCUUUGACAAUUUUAUUAUUUGCAUAUUUAGUUUGUUGGCUUACGAUGUCAUUAUUAUCAGUGAAAUAUUCAUUUGAUGAAAAUAUUGAAACUUUUGAAGAUUUAUUUAUUGAAUCAAGUUCAUGGUUUAUAUUUUUUUUAUAUAUAUUUGCUUAAUUAUGUUUAAGUACAUGCAUUGAAGUAAUAUAACCAUUGUUUUGUUAAAGUUUAAUAAAAAGUUAGAAAUGUUAUGAUGAAAUAUUUAAAAUAUAUUAAAAAUUAAAUAUAAAAAGUAAUGAUAGUAAGAAGAAGCAUCAUAAUUUAAUAAAAAGGAUAGCAGUUAUAGCUGGUAAGAUAUUUAAAAGAAAUAAUGAUGAUUUAGAUAUAUCAAUUUAGGAGAUGGUUUCUGGAUCAAAUUUAAAAGUAAAUUAAGAUAAAGUGAAUCCAUUUACAUUAAAAUUCAUGAAUAAAGAUACUGAGAUGAAAUUCAAAAGAUUAUAAAAAAUUUUAUUGUUGAAAUUGGAGAAAUACAAAUUAAUGUUUACUCUUUUAUUUUUAGAAAUAGUAACAUUAAUAUUAUUUGUAUCAUACAAUAUAAAUAAUUUUCAAGGUACUUUAUACUUUAUGUCAUACAUAAUGGGUAUAGCAUUAGAAUUAGUAUUAUUAUCAUUAGUAUGUUCUAACAUCUACUCAAAACACUUUUUUUUUAUAAAUUUGACAAUUGUAAGUAUUAGAUGCUUAAUAAAAUUUAUAUGUGAUAUGGGGACAAAUGAAAGUAAAGGAAUAUAUGAAAUAUUGAUAACUUAAAAUUAUAUAGUGAUUGUAUUAUAAUGUAGAAUACAUUUACCAAUUGUUAAUUUUAUUUUAGUAUUGAUAGUAAUGAUAGGUUUUAUAAAGAAUUAUUCAAUAGUAGAUUUUGGAAUAAGUUAAGUAACAUAUUUUGUUGUAAUAAAUGGAGAAGUAAUAACGAUAGCAACAAGUAUAUUGUUUAUGGCAUUGCAAUAUAAAUUGAUAAGAUUAGAGAGGGAAGACUUUAUGUUGGAUGUAACAUUGAAUUAGGAGACAUCAAAUAUGACUAAUGUAUUAUCUAUUUUAUUGCCUAAGUUUAUAAGAGAUAGAAUAAAUGCAAGUAAAAUUAUAUAAAAUUUUAGAGGGUAUGUUUGAGAUAGCUGAGAAUCAGGGUAAUGUUUCAAUAGUAUUUUGCGAUAUAUGUGGAUUUGAUGAUUUAAUAUAAAUAGAGAAGGAGAAUGUAGUUAAAAUAUUAGAUGGAUUAUUUAGAUCAUUUGAUUUAUUAUGUGCUUAAAAUGGUAUGCAAAAGAUUGAGACUGUUGGUAAAACAUAUAUGGCUGCUGGAGGUCUAAAAGCAGUUGAUUAAGGAACUAAAUUUAACAAUUAAAAUUGUGUAAAAAGAGUAAGACUUUAUUGAUAUCUGAUAGGCUGUAUAAUUGUCAUUAGAAAUGAUGGAACAUACUAAAAAAGUCAAAUAUGGUUAAAUUGGUUAUUUGAUAAUUAAAAUAGGUAUUCAUUAUGGUAGAGUUAUUGCUGGUGUUAUUGGUCAUCAUAAACCUUAAUUCUCAUUAAUUGGUGAUACUGUUAACACUACUAGUAGAGUUUGUUCUACUGGAUAAGAUGGUUAAGUAACAUUAUCUAAUGAAGCUUAUUAAGAAAUUAACAUGCCAGAUUUAUAAUUUACAUAAAGAAAAGUUGCUGCUAAAGGAAAAGGUGAAUUAAUCACUUAUUAAGUUAGUAAAGAUAUUAAAAGAAAUAAUCAAAAAAAAAAUGUUAAAAAAAGAGGUUUCAUUCUCAAAAAUGAAGAACAUAAUUAAUUCAUGUUUUCUCCUUAAGUAUCUUUACAAAUUUAAUAAACAUAAACUUAAACUAAUUUAAUUUAAUCAAACUUAAAUUCAUCUUUUGUUUAAAAUUCUCAAAAAAGAUAAAAUAGUUUAGUUGUUAAUAAAUUAGAUAAAUUAGAUGAUAACUCUAAUUACAAUCAAUAAUAAUAAUAAUAAGAAUAAGAAAUUUUAUAAUAAUAUUCAUCUAAGUAAUCUAUACCUGCUUAGUAAGAAUCCUUUUAAGAUACAAAUAAAUUAUAAGAAAAUAGAAAAUAGUUUUAAAGGAAAUAGAAUUAAAGAUAGACUCUAUUGAUAAGAGGAUUAUCAUAAGCUGCUUAGACAUAAGGAUUAAUCAAAAUUGAUAGUAAUCAAAAUAUUUAAUUUGAACCUGAUUAAGAUAAUAGUUGUUUUGAGAAAGAAAUACAUGGAUCUUAUGUUGAAAAAUCUAAUUUACUAUCAGACAUUUCAUAAAAAUUAAGAAAAGAAUUAUAAAUAGAUUUAAUUGAUGAUUUCCCAGAUUAUGAAAUUGAAUUUGAUAAAUUUAAAGCUUUUUUAGAAGAUGAUAACAGCAAUAUUAUUAGUGAAUCAUUACAAUUAGAAAGUAAGAAAUUAUAUCUUGGUUUCAAAGAUAAUUAAUUUCUCUUAGCCAAAGAAUUUACAUAGUAGAUUUCUGAAGGUAGGAAUAUUGUAUUAAUUACAAUUUAUUUGCACUUUUUAUAAUACUUAGCUAAAACAUUAACUUUUUUUAUCAUAUAAUAUAAUCAAAUCUUUAAAUAUACUAAUCUCAUUAUAGUUAUUAGAUUAUUGGCUGUCUUACUACUUUUAGUUUUAGCUUUGUCUUAAAAUAAGAAAUUGAAACAUUUAUUAUAUAAGAGUAAAUAUUUUUUAGGAAUCUAUAUAAUUUUAAUGUUAAGCAUUUUAUUAGAAUUUAUUUUACUAAAGAGUUAAGAUCUUAUAGAAUUGUAAGCAUCUGAAGGAAUUUUAUUGCUUUGCUUUUUUUGGUCCUUUUAGAUUGUUCUUAUUAAAUUUAAAUUAAUUUUUAUGUUAGUUUUCUGUUUUGCAUAAAUACUAAUUGUACUAAUUAAAUUUCAUUGUUGGCCUAUUGUCUAUUAUACAAUAUUUUAAGGAAUCUUAAUGUUUUCAGUACAUUAUAAUAUGUUUUAUUAAGAUUUAAAUACUUUUAAUAAUAAGAGAUCUUUAGGAUUGAAGAAAAGUUAAUCUGAAAAUUUAGUUAAAUAUCUUUUACCUAAUCAUAUAUUAAAAUAAUUCUUAUCUAAUAAUUAAAGAGCCUUUUUAGUUGAAUAAUUAGAAGAUGCAACAUUAUUAUUUGCAGAUAUAGCUGGAUUCACUGAAUAUUCUAGUAAAGUUGAACCAGAAUAAGUUGUAAAUAUGCUUAGAAAUCUCUUUACAGAAUUCGAUAAAUAAUGUUUAACUUAAAAUACAUAUAAGUUAUACACUAUUGGUGAUUGUUAUGUUGCUUUAGGAAUCAUGGAUAUUUUAUAGAGAAAUCCAGCAUAGGAAGCUAAAAAUAUAGUAGAAUUAGGAUUUGGUAUGAUAGAAAUUAUAAGGAGUGUUAGAUAAAUAAUAGGAUAUGAUGGAUUAGAUAUGAGAAUAGGGAUUCAUACAGUAAUUAUAAUAAACAAUAAUUUUAUAGGGUAAAGUAAUAGCAGGUAUUCUUGGGACAGAAAUAGUGAGAUAUGAUGUAUAUGGUGCAGAUGUAAUGAUAUCAAAUAAGAUGGAAUCAAAUGGUGAGAGAGGAAGAGUUUAAGUUUCAGAAGAGACAAAAUAAUUACUGGAAUCUGAAUAUCCAGAUGAAUUUAAUUUCAGUUUAAAUAAAAUGAUAGAGUUUAAAUCAAUAAAUAGAUAAACGAAUGGAUAUUUUGUAGUAAAAAAUGAGAGUGGAUUAGAAGGUAGUAAAUAAUAAUAAAGUGGAAUGAAUGUUUGA